UAUUAAUGAUACUCCUGACCAUAGAUUUGAAGGGUUUGAGUGAGUGUUGUUUUGCUGACUCAUUCAUUUCCACGGUCAGACCACAUCCUUUGAGCUGAACAUAUAAAGCUGAGCAUCACAGUGAGUUUCAGUGCAUUCAACGUCUGAUCAAAGAGGGAAGAAGAAGAAAUGUCCUGCCUGAAGAAUUUCAGUCUUCUCAUCUCAUGUGUGCUCCUCUUCAUCAUCCAGCCAGGUCGUGGUUCUGAGAUUAUUAAUGGGAAGGAAGUUGAGCCACACUCACUGCCUUUCAUGGCUUAUGUGAGAAGCAGGACAACUAAUUCUUUCUGUGGAGGGACAUUAAUCCAUCCACAGUGGGUGCUGACAGCUGCCCACUGCACUGGGGUGGAUCAGGUGACCCUGGGAGCCCACUCCAUCAGUAAAGAGGAAAAAUAUUCCAAGCAAAUCCAAAUUGUUGAGAAAAGUUUUCCUCAUCCUCACUACUGUUGUGCACACCACGACAAUGACCUCAUGUUGCUGAAGCUUAAAGAACCGGUGAGGAAAUCCAGGGCAGUGCAGUGGCUCGAGUUUGGCGACACUGUGAGAGACCCGGCAGCUGGCAGCAGGUGUCUGGUGGCUGGAUGGGGAGUAACUGAAAACAGCGAUGCAUCAGACGUCCUCAUGUCUGUCAAUGUGACUGUGGUGGACAGACAGAAGUGCAACUCUCGUGAUUAUUACAACCACAGACCCGAGAUCACCAGAGACAUGAUAUGUGCUGGUUCAGAUGGUACAAACGUCGCUGAUACCUGUCAGGGGGAUUCAGGAGGGCCGCUGUUGUGUGAUGGAGCGCUGGUUGGAGUCACUUCUUUUGGAGAGGAUUGUGGUAUCAUUAAUAAACCUGGAGUCUACUCGUUUGUCUCAGAGGGACAACUGUACUGGAUCAAAACUACGAUGAAGUUAUUCUAAAUGUCUUGAAACCACAGACAUCAAGCUGCAUGAUUUGAUUUCACAGGUGUCCAACUCCAGGCCUCGAGGGCCGGUGUCCUGCAGGUUUUAGAUGUCCUUGAUCCAUCACAGCUGAUUUAAAUGGCUAAAUGACCUCCUCAACAUGUCUUGAAGCUCUCCAGAGGCCUGGUAAUGUACUGGUCAUUUGAUUCAGGUGUGUUGACCCAGGGUGAGAUCUAAGACCUGCAGGACACCGGCCCUCGAGCCCUGCUGUAGACCAUUAUCCAGUUUAUAAUUUCAUUGCUCCUUUUAAAUUUUAUGAUACUUCAGUUUCUGCUAGCUUGCUGCACUUUUUUUAUAGAUUCUGCACUUGGCUAGUCUGCUGCAUGAACUUAUGGCAGAUAAAGGUGGAACAAAAAUUAAUUGUACUGACCUCCUAACCACAGUUUAGGCCUACUGUAUACAUAAUUGGAAACACUGUUUGGCAUUUUACCAUAUUUCACCAUAAAAACCGUACAGAAACAUGGUUAUAUCUAAUAAUCAUUUUUUCAAAUAAAUGAAAGAAUUCCCAAACAUAAGUGCUCCUGACUCCAAUGAACGUAAAAUAUUGUAUUAUAUCCUGUUUUAUUGUAGGGUCUACUUUACAAUGUAAAGCACCUUGAGGUGACUGUUGCUGUGAUUUGGCGCUGUAUGAAUAAAAUUGAAUUGAAUUGAAUUGAAUUGAAAUUAAAAAAGUGAGAUAUUCAGACUGUCAAACAGACAGAUUCAACACAUCUUAUACAACCAACUGAAACUGAAAAUGAGGCUUGUGGACAGGUUUAUUUGAAAAAGACAAAUUUUACAUUCUUAUUUGUUCCAUUUCACAUUAUGACUGUGUGCUUGAUAUACUUGCUACUUUUUUUACUUUCUAAUAAAGCUGGAGGCAUGAAUAAAUAAA